UAGGUGAGCUUUAUUCACACAGGACAGUCAAGGGUCCCGCUGCCAGGCUAGGGACUGGCUCCUGCAAGCGUGGAGAGCUGCGCGCGCAGCGCCUCCCUUGUCAAAGAAGCCAGCGUCUCCGUUGCCAGGGGAACGGGGCACCGCGCUUUCCGGCGCGGUCGCAGCGCGAAGCUGCUGUCAUGGCGGAAGCCGUCUGGAGCACUGACACCGGCGAGGCCGUGUAUCGCUCCCGGGACCCCGUGCGCAACCUGCGCCUCCGAGUUCAUCUGCAAAGAAUCACAUCAAGCAACUUCCUUCAUUACCAGCCUGCCGCCCAGAUGGGGAAGGACCUCAUAGACUUGGCCACUUUUAGGCCUCCUCAAGCUGCUAGUGGACACCGCCCUGAUGAAGAAGAGGAGGAAGAGGUUAUAAUUGGAUGGCAGGAAAAGCUCUUUAGCCAGUUUGAAGUCGACCUGUACCAAAACGAAUCUGCAUGUCAGAGCCCAUUGGAUCAUCAGUACCGCCAAGAGAUCUUGAAACUGGAGAAUUCUGGUGGCAGGAAAAACCGGCGAAUCUUCACUUACACCGACUCGGAUAGAUACACCGACUUGGAAGAGUACUGUCAGAAAAUCACCACUUCAGCCAGCGAGGUGCCAUCGUUUCUGGCUGAGCGGAUGGCGAAUGUCAGGCGACGGCGCCAGGACAGGCGAGGGGUGGAGGGCAGCAAACUCAAGUCUCGGAUUGUCACGUGGGAACCCUCGGAAGACUUCAUCAGGAACAACCACGCUAUUAACACUCCUCUUCAGACAAUGUACAUCAUGGCGGACCUGGGGCCCUAUGGAAAGCUUGGCUAUAAGGUACAUGAACACGUGCUCUGCAUCCUGAAGGUGGACAGCAAUGGGGUGAUCACAGUGAAGCCUGACUUCACCGGCAUCAAAGGACCCUACAGAAUCGAGACUGAGGGAGAGAAGCAGGAACACACUUCCGCUUGGAAAUACGCAAUUGACAACGUGUCCUCCCUCGCCCAGCCGGAGGAGGAAGAGCGUGAGCAGCGCGUGUUCAAGGACCUUUACGGCCGGCACAAGGAGUACCUCAGCAGCCUCGUGGGCACAGACUUUGAGAUGAUUGCCCCAGGUGCCCUCAGGCUCUUUGUGAACGGAGAGGUAGUUUCAGCCCAAGGCUAUGAGUAUGACAACCUCUACGUCCACUUCUUUGUGGAGCUGCCGGCUACUAACUGGUCCAGCCCAUCAUUCCAGCAGCUCUCGGGAGUAACCCAGGCCUGUGCCACCAAAUCCCUGGGAAUGGACAAGGUGGCCUAUUUCUCCUUUCCGUUCACAUUCGAAGCUUUCUUCCUGCACGAGGAUGAAUUGGCUGAGUCCCUCCCGGAGUGGCCCGUGCUCUACUGUAAGGUCCUCUCACUGGACUUCUGGCAGAGGUAUCGUGUGGAAGGCUACGGGGCUGUGGUGCUGCCUGCCACGCCAGGAUCCCACACCCUGACUGUCUCCACAUGGAGGCCCAUGGAGCUGGGUCUUGUGGCAGAGCUAAGGAGGUUCUUCAUUGGCGGCUCUCUGGAGCUGGAGGACCCAUCCUAUGUGAGGAUACCAGGAACCUUCAAGGGGGAGCGCCUGAGCCGCUUCGGAUUCCGCACUGAGACAACGGGUACUGUCACCUUCCGAUUGCACUGCCUGCAGCAGUCCCGGGCUUUCAUGGAAUCGAACUCCCUCCGGAAACAGAUGCGGAGUGUGCUGGACCGUCUGGAAGGGUUCAGCCAGCAGAGUUCCACGCACAACGUGCUAGAAGCAUUCCGUCGAGCCCGGCGCCGCAUGCAGGAGGCCCGAGAAAGCCUCCCCCAGGACCUUGUGAGCCCCACGGGAACACUGACCUAGCUCUCUGCAACCCGGCCUGUGGAGCAAGGGAGAGAUGUCUGCAUCCAGUGCUCUCACUUUGUCUUGCUCAUUAGAGACCACAUUGGUUGACCAAACUGGGACUCUGGGGCCCCACCUGACACCCUGUUCAUGUUUUCGCUAUCAAACACGGGCAUCAUAACAAGGCAGGCCGUGCAGUCUGAAACUCGUCUGGGGAAACCCAGCAUUAGCCUGUCCUCAGUACAGAGUCUUUUCUGGUUUGUUCUGGAGCCUCCGUGGCAAAAGGGAGUUUGGCAACCAGGAGUAAUGGUGCACGCCUUUAAUCCCAGCACUCAGGUGGCAGAGGCAGGAGGAUAUCUAUGAAUUUGAGGGCAUCCUGGUCUACAUAGUGAGUUCCAGGACAACUAGAGCAGCAUAGUAAGACCCUGUCUCAAAGCCAAGGCAAAAACAGACAGCAACAACUCGGAGUUUGCCAUCUGAGGAGGAGGCAGAUGCGCUCGAGAGGUCAGUCUCUUGCUUCUUCCAAGAAAAGGUGAGGGUAAGGGGCCUAAGCUUCCUGGCUAAUUCUCUGUCCCCUGACAGUUUAGGGCUGGCUGGCUUUGGGACAUGGCCUGGGGGAAUUCUCAGUUCUCCUGCCAGCUGG